GGGCCGAGCCGGAGCGGGAGUCGGAGCCGGAGGGGCCGCCGCCAUGGGCCGCCUCGGGCCCGCCUGCUGCGCGCUGCUGCUCGCCCUGGGGCUCUGUCGGGCGCGGCCCCGGAACGUGCUGCUGAUCCUCGCGGAUGAUGGAGGCUUUGAGAGUGGCGCGUACAACAACAGCGCCAUCUCCACCCCUCACCUGGAUGCCUUGGCCCGCCGCAGCCUCAUCUUCCGAAACGCCUUCACCUCCGUCAGCAGCUGCUCUCCCAGCCGUGCCAGCCUGCUCACCGGCCUGCCCCAGCACCAGAACGGGAUGUACGGGCUGCACCAGGGCGUGCACCACUUCAGCUCCUUCGACACGGUGCGGAGCCUGCCGCGGCUGCUCAGUCAAGCCGGCGUGCGCACAGGCAUCAUCGGCAAGAAACACGUGGGGCCGGAGGCAGUGUACCCGUUUGACUUCGCCUACACGGAGGAGAACGACUCUGUCCUCCAGGUGGGGCGGAACAUCACUCGCAUUAAGCUGCUAGUCCGGAAGUUCCUGCAGACCCAGGACAACAGGCCCUUCUUCCUCUACGUUGCCUUCCACGACCCCCACCGCUGCGGGCACUCCCAGCCCCAGUUCGGAGCCUUCUGUGAGAAGUUUGGCAAUGGGGAGAGUGGCAUGGGGCGCAUCCCAGACUGGACCCCCCAGACCCACAGCCCCCAGGACGUGCUGGUGCCUUACUUCGUCCCUGACACCCCAGCGGCCCGAGCUGAUCUGGCAGCUCAGUACACCACUAUCGGCCGGAUGGACCAAGGGGUCGGACUUGUGCUCCAGGAGCUGCGCGGAGCGGGCGUCCUGAACGACACCCUGGUGAUCUUCACGUCUGACAACGGAAUCCCCUUCCCCAGCGGCAGGACCAACCUGUACUGGCCGGGUACUGCAGAACCUUUGCUGGUGUCAUCCCCGGAGCACCCGAAACGCUGGGGCCAGGUCAGCGAGGCCUACGUGAGCCUCCUAGACCUCGCGCCCACCGUCUUGGAUUGGUUCUCCAUCCCCUACCCCAGCUACGCCAUCUUUGGCUCGAAGACCGUCCGGCUUACUGGCCGGUCCCUCCUGCCAGCACUGGAGGUCGAGCCCCUUUGGACCACCGUCUUCGGCAGCCAGAGCCACCACGAGGUCACCAUGUCCUACCCCAUGCGCUCCGUGUACCACCGGAACUUCCGCCUCGUGCACAACCUCAGCUUCCGGAUGCCCUUCCCCAUCGACCAGGACUUCUACGUCUCGCCGACCUUCCAGGACCUCCUGAACCGCACCACGGCCGGGCAGCCCACGCGCUGGUACAAGGACCUGCACCACUACUACUACCGGGCGCGCUGGGAGCUCUAUGACCAGAGCCGGGACCCCCACGAGACCCAGAACCUGGCUGGCGACCCGCGCUUCGCCCAGGUGCUCAAAACGCUGCAGGCCCAGCUGGCCAAGUGGCAGUGGGAGACCCAGGACCCUUGGGUGUGCGCCCCUGACGGCGUCCUGGAGGAGAAGCUCUCCCCCCAGUGCCGGCCCCUCCACAACGAGCUGUGACAGUCCCUGGAGGCACCUACCCUCCCUGUCCCAGACGUGUUCCUGCCGCUGGCCAGCUGGUCUUCUCAACUGGUGGUGGUGACGCGGGCCCUUCCGAGAUGCUGGUGUCAUUCCUGGCCCUGCCUGGAGGGGAGACCGGGCGUGUGCCCCAGCCCUUCCCCCCAGGAGUGAGGCCACCACAGUAGGGGACACCACUGUCCUGUGUCUGAGCUGUGUCCUGGCAUAGGAAUUCUAGGGGGGCCCUGGGGACAGAGUGGGCCACGAUGAAGGAGUCUGUUUUCUGGGUUGGUUUGGGGACCUGCAGGUGGAGGGACUUGAAACCCUCUUUGGAGGUCUUUGGAGCCCUUCCCCCGUAAGGAGGUGGGGGCUUCUGUGCCACAAGGGUGUGGGUGGCCGGUGGGUCCAAACCACACUCCACGUGGCAACGUGGCAUCUGGCUCUUACCAAGCUGUGGUCUAGAGGAAGCCUUUGAGCAACCUGGGGCUGGUUUCUGCUUCUGUUGUUUUGCCCCAGGGUCAAGUAUGGCCCAGGAGGGCAUCUGUUGACCGGCUGCUCCCUGCGUGCCCAGCGUGAGCCUGUGGUCUUUCUGGGCAAACUUGUCCUUUCCGAGUGUGUCCAAAGACGAAGUCGUGCAGUGCCCCGUCCUCUGGCUUGGGUUGGUUCUCCUUGGAUGGUACCAGCAUUGCAUGGAGAAUGUUCCGGACCUGCCCUACCUCCACUCUCCACGGGAGCAGCAGCUUGGUCUGGGAAACCCGGCAGGCGGGGGCUCCCCUCCCCUCCCCCACCAUCAACUCUGUACCGAGGGUGGGGAGAAAGCCACAGAGUAUUGUAAAAGCUUUUUGUUUAGUAAA